GGCAGCGCCGCACCGCGCGCACCGCGCCAUGGGGGCCGCGUCAGGCCGGCGGGGGCGGCCCCAGUCGCCACUGUCGCCGCUGCUGCUGCCGCUGCUGCCGUUCACCCUGGCGCUCGCCCCUGGAUUGCAGCCCGGCAACUUUUCCGCGGAUGAGGCCGGGGCGCAGCUCUUCGCCGACAGCUACAACUCCAGCGCCGAGCAGGUGCUGUUCCAGAGCACGGCAGCCAGCUGGGCGCACGACACCAACAUCACCGAGGAGAAUGCUCGGCGCCAGGAGGAAGCAGCCCUGCUCAGCCAGGAGUUUGCAGAGGUCUGGGGCCAGAAGGCCAAGGAGCUGUACGAGGCCAUCUGGCAGAACUUCACUGACUCAAAGCUGCGAAGGAUCAUUGGAGCUGUACGCACCCUCGGACCUGCCAACCUGCCCCUGACCAAAAGGCAGCAGUACAAUGCUCUGCUAAGCAACAUGAGCAGGAUCUACUCCACAAGCAAGGUCUGCUUCCCCAACAAGACUGCCACCUGCUGGUCGCUCGACCCAGAGCUCACCAACAUCCUGGCUUCCUCACGAAGCUAUGCCAAGCUGCUGUUUGCCUGGGAGGGCUGGCAUGAUGCUGUGGGCAUCCCACUGAAACCCCUGUACCAGGACUUUACUGCUCUCAGCAAUGAGGCCUACAGACAGGAUGGCUUCUUGGACACAGGAGAUUACUGGCGCUCCUGGUAUGAUUCCCCCACCUUUGAAGAGAACCUGGAGCACCUCUACCACCAAUUAGAGCCUCUCUACCUGAACCUCCAUGCCUACGUCCGCCGUGCACUGCAUCGACGCUAUGGAGACAAAUACAUCAACCUGAGGGGGCCCAUCCCUGCUCAUCUGCUAGGAGACAUGUGGGCCCAGAGCUGGGACAAUAUCUAUGACAUGGUGGUGCCUUUCCCAGACAAGCCCAACCUCGAUGUCACAAGUACAAUGGUGCAGAAGGGCUGGAAUGCCACACACAUGUUCCGGGUUGCAGAGGAAUUCUUCACCUCUCUGGGGCUCUCUCCCAUGCCUCCUGAGUUCUGGGCAGAGUCCAUGCUGGAGAAGCCAACUGACGGGCGGGAGGUGGUGUGCCACGCCUCAGCCUGGGACUUCUACAACAGGAAGGACUUCAGGAUCAAGCAAUGCACACGAGUCACAAUGGACCAGCUGUCCACAGUGCACCAUGAGAUGGGCCACGUGCAGUACUACCUACAGUACAAGGACCUGCCUGUCUCCCUGCGUAGAGGCGCCAACCCCGGUUUCCAUGAGGCCAUCGGGGAUGUGCUGGCACUCUCUGUCUCCACUCCUGCACAUCUGCACAAAAUAGGCCUGCUGGACCAUGUUGCCAAUGACAUGAAAAGUGAUAUUAAUUACUUGCUAAAGAUGGCCCUGGAGAAAAUUGCUUUCCUGCCGUUUGGCUACCUGGUAGAUCAGUGGCGCUGGGGGGUCUUCAAUGGACAUACCCCACCAUCCCACUACAACUUUGACUGGUGGUAUCUUCGAACCAAGUAUCAGGGAAUUUGCCCUCCAGUUGUCCGGAAAGAAACUCACUUUGAUGCUGGAGCUAAGUUUCAUAUCCCAAAUGUGAUGCCAUAUAUCAGGUACUUUGUGAGUUUUGUUCUGCAGUUCCAGUUUCAUCAAGCCCUGUGCAAGGAGGCAGGCCACCAGGGCCCACUGCACCAGUGUGACAUCUACCAGUCUGUCCAGGCGGGGGCCAAGCUCCGGAAGGUGCUGCAGGCUGGCUGCUCCAGGCCGUGGCAGGAGGUGCUGAAGGACAUGGUGGGCUCAGAUGCCCUAGAUGCCCAGGCACUGCUGAACUACUUCCAUCCGGUCAGCCAGUGGCUACAGGAGCAGAACCAACAGAAUGGCGAGGUCCUGGGCUGGCCAGAGUACCAGUGGCGACCACCAUUACCUGACAAGUACCCAGAAGGCAUUGAUCUAGUGACUGAUGAAGCUGAGGCUAACAAGUUUGUGGAGGAGUAUGACCGGACAGCCCAGGUGGUGUGGAACGACUUUGCAGAGGCCAACUGGAACUACAACACCAACAUCACCAUAGCAGCCAGCAAGAUCCUGCUUCAGAAAAAUAAGAAAGUAGCCAAUCACACCCUGAAAUAUGGCAUCUGGGCCAAGCAGUUUGAUGUGAGCAACUUCCAGAACUCCACCACCAAGCGGAUCAUAAAGAAGGUUCAGAACCUGGAUAGAGCAGCACUGACACCCUCAGAUUUAGAGGAGUACAACAAGAUCCUGCUGGACAUGGAGACCACUUACAGCAUAGCCAAUGUAUGCUACGACAAUGGCACCUGCUUACAGCUGGAGCCUGAUCUGACAAAUUUGAUGGCCACAUCCCGGAAAUAUGAAGAGCUGCUUUGGGUGUGGAAGAAAUGGCGAGACAGUGCAGGAAAAACUAUCCUCCCCCUUUUCCCCAAGUAUGUGGAACUUACCAACAAGGUCGCCCGGCUCAACGGCUUUGCUGAUGGUGGAGACUCAUGGCGAUCCCUGUACGAGACUGACAACCUGGAACAAAUCCUGGAACAGCUCUAUGAGGAGCUGCAGCCACUGUACCUGAACCUGCAUGCCUAUGUGCGCCGUGCCCUGCACCACCACUAUGGGCCCCAGUACAUCAGCCUGGAUGGUCCCAUUCCUGCCCACCUACUAGGGAACAUGUGGGCUCAGACCUGGUCCAACAUCUAUGACUUGGUGGCGCCCUUCCCUUCAGCCCCCAACUUGGAUGCUACAGAGGCCAUGAUAAAGCAGGGAUGGACACCCAGAAGGAUAUUUAAGGAAGCUGACGAUUUCUUCACCUCUCUGGGGCUGCUACCUGUGCCCUCUGAGUUCUGGAACAAGUCAAUGCUGGAGAAGCCAACUGACGGAAGGGAGGUGGUAUGCCAUGCCUCGGCCUGGGACUUCUACAAUGGCAAAGACUUCAGGAUCAAGCAGUGCACCUCUGUGAACAUGGAGGAGCUGGUGAUAGCCCAUCAUGAAAUGGGGCAUAUCCAGUAUUUCAUGCAGUACAAAGACUUGCCUGUGUCCUUUCGGGAGGGUGCCAACCCUGGCUUUCAUGAGGCUAUUGGGGAUGUGCUGGCUCUCUCAGUGUCUACCCCCAAGCACCUACACAGCAUCAACCUGCUGAGUAGCGAGGGCAGUGGCUAUGAGCAUGACAUCAACUUUCUGAUGAAGAUGGCCCUGGACAAGAUCGCCUUCAUCCCCUUCAGCUACCUCAUUGACCAGUGGCGCUGGAGGGUCUUUAAUGGAAGCAUCACCAAGGCAAACUACAACCAGGAGUGGUGGAGUCUCAGGCUGAAGUACCAGGGUCUCUGCCCUCCAGUACUCAGAUCUCAAAGUGACUUUGACCCAGGGUCCAAGUUCCAUGUUCCUGCAAGUGUGCCUUAUAUCAGGUACUUUAUAAGCUUCAUCAUCCAGUUCCAGUUCCACGAGGCACUGUGCCGGGCAGCUGGGCACACAGGCCCCCUGCACAAAUGUGACAUCUACCAAUCCAAGGAGGCAGGAAAGCUCCUGGCGGAUACCAUGAAGCUGGGCUACAGUAAGCCAUGGCCAGAAGCCAUGAAGCUGAUCACAGGCCAGCCUAACAUGUCAGCCUCAGCCAUGAUGAACUACUUCAAGCCACUGAUGGACUGGCUCAUCACUGAGAACAAGAGGCACAGGGAGACACUGGGCUGGCCUCAGUAUAACUGGACACCAAACACUGCUCGCUCGGAAGGCCCCUUCUCAGACUCUGGCCACGUCAACUUCCUGGGCAUGAACCUGGAGCCACAGCAGGCCCGUGUGGGCCAGUGGGUGCUACUCUUCCUUGGCAUUGCCCUGCUGGUGGCUACCUUGGGUCUCACCCAGAGGCUCUUCAGCAUUCGCAAGUACAACAUCCGCUGGCCCCACCGUGGGCCCCAGUUUGGCUCUGAAGUGGAGCUCAGACACUCCUGAGAUGACCCUGCUGGCAAGGCUGGCAGAGAGGUGUCCCGUGAGAGACUUGGUUGGGGAUAUGGUGUGUGGGUAGGACACACCUUAGCUGGGCCUUCAUCAUCCUCCUGCUCGGUCCACAUCUACUCUCUGAUCCCUAGUCCCAGGCCCCAUUCUUUCUCUCUGAUCCCUAGUCCCAGACCCCAUUCUUUCCAUCUAACAUGGAAUUUCCCACCCAGUCUCUGUGACUACAAUUAAAGGUCGUCCCUUCCAGCUGAGUCUGUGUCCCUUGUGGGGAAGCCAGGAACAGGACAGAUUGCUUACCUGUCUCCUGGCAGUCUGGCUGGUCCCUUUCCUGGUUGCUUUCUCAGUCUUUCUCCAAGAAGAAACCCAAAGACCCCUCCACACACACACACCCAGCACUCUGGCCCCAUCCCCCACAGCCCUUCCCACCUGCCUUCUCUAUCAGCCUUGGCCGAUUUGGGAAGCAGAGAGGGAAUAGAUGCUCUGGGCUGCCUGCCUGGCAUGCAGAUAUGCUUUCCCUGUUCCACACUGCUCCCUGUCCUGGUGGUUCCCACAAACCAAGUGUCCACAUCCUACAUGUCCUUGCCUGCUGUGGAGUGAGGACCUCAUGGUCACCUUUCUCUCCUGCCAAACCAGCUCUGUGUCCACUUCAUGAGUGGACAGCCUGGGUUUUCUGAUGGAGCCACAAGGCAUUGCCCAGGGAAAAGCCCUAAACAUUGGAGUGUGGUAGUAACUAGUGCCUGCACAGGGAGUUCACUGCCACAGGCCACCUGCUCACCCUCCCCAGCACACACCCUCAGUCUGAGCUGCCCCUUGGAAGGCCUGCUUGGAUUUGAGGGGGUGUCUUUUGGGGGAACAUUUUUUUAGUUUUUAUCUACAUGUUUAUGUAGAAAACUUGGAAAAGUAUAAAAUAAAAGCCCUUUGUUAUUAACAUUAAGACAUAAGA